UCCCCCAAACCAAGCUCUCUCUCCUCUCUCUCUCUCUCUCAAACCCUAAUCUCUCUCUCCUCAUGGGUUCAGAGAUGGUCCUCCACAACGUCUCCUCGCAGCGAGACGCACACCCGCAAAACCUUGUUUCUGCCGCGGCCGGCGCCGGUUCUGGCUCUUCGGCGACCGCGGGCCGUCAAUUGGCUCCGGCCAGAAAGGGGGGCGGUUCGUCGAGGGACCGACACACGAAGGUGAACGGCCGGGGGAGGAGAGUUCGAAUGCCGGCGCUCUGCGCGGCGCGGAUCUUCCAGCUGACGCGCGAGCUCGGCCACCGCUCCGACGGCGAGACCAUCGAGUGGCUGCUCCGCCAGGCCGAGCCCUCCAUCAUCGCCGCCACCGGCACCGGUACCGUUCCUGCGGCACCGGUCUCCACCACCGUCGGAACUCUCCCGAUCUCCGCCUCCACUCCGUCCACCUCCUCCCCGGUCUCCAGGGCGCAGCCGGUGGCGGCGGUGGGUCCCGCUGGCCGCAUCCCGCCCGGUAUGUUCACCAUGGCCCCGCCGAGUUGUAGAUUGGACCUGUGCCAGCCUUCGCCAAUAGGGAUCGACUUUUCCGGCAAUGGAUUCCGGAACAUGCCGUUCACGGCGCUGCUUCUGCACCCGGCGGCCGACGAGGCGGAGGAGAGAAGCCAAGAAGAGGCCCUUUCCGAGUAGAAGAUAUAAAUAUCCAAAUAUAAAAUAUAUAGAUAUUAGAGUUUAUCUUAAGGUUGGAAAAUGUUGUUUUUGGGGAUCAGCUUCAGCCUUCAGCCAGUUUGAAAUAUCUAUGGGUGUUUUGGUUGGCAGUGGUCA